AUGGCUGAAAGUAUUCUUUCAUAUGACCAUGAAGAUGAAGACUACAUUGACAUAGAACUCAGCUCACAUUCCAAUUUGUUCUGUCACUCAAAAAGUUCUCCUCCACACCCACUAGAAUUUGAAUUCCAAAUGUUUUCAAGCUCCUCAGAGAGAGAUACCACAACUUCCCCAGCUGAUGAGCUCUUCUACAAAGGACAGCUCCUUCCCCUUCACCUCCCUCCUCGCUUACAAAUGGUUGAAAAACUCCUCCAUCACUCCAACUCUUAUCACAACAAAUCAGAUAUUACAAUUGAUGAGUUUUUCAGCACUCCUUUAACCACCAACACAAACACCACUCCUAUUGCCAAUACCCCAUUUGAGUCCUGCAAUAUCUCGCCUUCAGAUUCUUGCCAAGUUAGCAGAGAACUGAGCCCUGAUGAGUAUUUCCUCGAGUAUUCGACAGUAUCAAACAAUUUCAUUGGCGAAAACCCGAAAAAGUCAUGGACCGAAAAGCUUAAGCUAAUCAAACAGUCCUCAAUUGGCUCAAAGCUGAAGGCUUCCCGGACUUAUCUGAAGUCUUUGUUUAGUAAAUCUGGUUGUUCAGAUGAGUCCACUGCAGCAACUCCAAGAAAGUUUGAUGAUGAAUCAUUUCCAAAGGCUAAGGACUGUGUAAACAAGUAUGCGAGGGUACCAAAAAUGAAGACUCCAUUUGGACAAAUUCAAAGAGAGAGAAACCAAAUGUCCAUGAGAAGUUUUAACAAAGAAAAGAUUGCUGAGGAUGGCCAUGGUCAUCAUAGGAGGUCUUUUUCGGUGGCUCUCAAACGGUUUUCAAUGACCAAGUCGUCUUCUUUUUCAUUGUCUUCGUCUGGUUCUUCAUCUUCAAGCUUGAGUGAUUCGAAAAGGUUACAUGAGCUUCAAAUUAUUAACAGAAGUUGCAGUACAAAUGAAGACUACAUUGACAUAGAACUCAGCUCACAUUCCAAUUUGUUCUGUCACUCAAAAAGUUCUCCUCCACACCCACUAGAAUUUGAAUUCCAAAUGUUUUCAAGCUCCUCAGAGAGAGAUACCACAACUUCCCCAGCUGAUGAGCUCUUCUACAAAGGACAGCUCCUUCCCCUUCACCUCCCUCCUCGCUUACAAAUGGUUGAAAAACUCCUCCAUCACUCCAACUCUUAUCACAACAAAUCAGAUAUUACAAUUGAUGAGUUUUUCAGCACUCCUUUAACCACCAACACAAACACCACUCCUAUUGCCAAUACCCCAUUUGAGUCCUGCAAUAUCUCGCCGUCAGAUUCUUGCCAAGUUAGCAGAGAACUGAGCCCUGAUGAGUAUUUCCUCGAGUAUUCGACAGUAUCAAACAAUUUCAUUGGCGAAAACCCGAAAAAGUCAUGGACCGAAAAGCUUAAGCUAAUCAAACAGUCCUCAAUUGGCUCAAAGCUGAAGGCUUCCCGGACUUAUCUGAAGUCUUUGUUUAGUAAAUCUGGUUGUUCAGAUGAGUCCACUGCAGCAACUCCAAGAAAGUUUGAUGAUGAAUCAUUUCCAAAGGCUAAGGACUGUGUAAACAAGUAUGCGAGGGUACCAAAAAUGAAGACUCCAUUUGGACAAAUUCAAAGAGAGAGAAACCAAAUGUCCAUGAGAAGUUUUAACAAAGAAAAGAUUGCUGAGGAUGGCCAUGGUCAUCAUAGGAGGUCUUUUUCGGUGGCUCUCAAACGGUUUUCAACGACCAAGUCGUCUUCUUUUUCAUUGUCUUCGUCUGGUUCUUCAUCUUCAAGCUUGAGUGAUUCGAAAAGGUUACAUGAGCUUCAAAUUAUUAACAGAAGUUGCAGUACAAGUAUGUCAGAGUUCGAAAAUUCAAUUCAGGCAGCAAUUGCUCAUUGUAAAAGGGCUCAACAGCAGUUCUGUUCAAGAAAGACUGCAAAUGAAAUUGGGUAUUGCUCAUUGUCAGCUUCCAGAAUUGUUUGUGAGGAUCAAGCAAGACCAGGACUUUGUAGGGGAUAA